AUGGAAGCUAAUCUCAAGCUAUCAAAUGAAGAUGAUGACCCAACUUCCUAUUGGAGAUUAGUUGGAAAGCUGUUAUACUUAACAACCACUCGACCAGACAUGUCCUAUGCCAUUAAUAGCCGCAGUCAGUUUCUUUUAGCUCCUAGAAAGCCUCAUCUCAUAGCAGUACAACAUGUUCUUCAUUAUCUAAAGCAAAAACCAGGUCGUGAACUUCCAUACAAGACCAACACAACCAUAAAAAACUCAAAGCUUCAUCCACCUUGGAACACAGAUUACACCUUACAAAUAUUUUGUGAUGCAGAUUGGGAUGCAUGUCCUGACACAAGGCGCUCAAUAACCAAUUUUUGUGUAUUUCUCAAUGGAUCUCUCAUUUCAUGGAAAUCCAAAAAGCAGCAGACCAUAUCUCGCUCCUCUGUUGAAUUUGAGUAUCGUUCAAUGGCCAAUGCCACCACUGAAACCAUUUAG